AUGUAUAUGGCGUACAGGAGGAGGCAGCAACAGCAAGGGGGUAGAUUUUCUACAUCUCUAAGAGAAGAUGUUUCUGAAAGUUCCAACAACUACAAUUACGAUUUUGUCCCUCCGCCGCAGCAGAAAGAGAGUUCCUCGUCGUCCUCUUCUUCCUCGCUAGCCGCUAAAGCCAUGAGAGCUUCAUCGGCGUAUCAGGAUUCGUCACUUUCUUCGGCAUACGGACAGUCCGCCCUCCCUUCUCCUCGGGAGUCAAUUCCAGUUCGGUCCUCCUCUCCUUCCUCUAAUAAGGAUUCAUCCGCUCAUGAGUACACAUCAGUGAAAAACAUGAAUGAACCUAAGCAAGGAUUUUGGGGGGUGCUGGCUAGGAAAGCUAAAUCGAUUAUUGAUGAUGAUAAUGCGGCUCAACCAAAUGAAACUCUGGGAAGAACAAAAUCUCAGACGUCAGAUAAAUCAUCAAAGAGUCAGUACCAUAACACAUACAACUCUUCACAAAGCCGUCGAAAGACAGACAGCCCAUCACUACAAAAGGGACUAGAUGCUAUUGCAUCGUCACUCAAUUACAUUGGUGGAACAAUUGGUAAUGCUUUAGAGGAGGGUCUUACAACUGUGGAGAACCGCACUGCCGACAUUAUUCAAGAGACUCGCAAGUUUCAGAUAAGGAAAAAGAACAAUAGUUCCGAAUCACAGAAUCAGACUUCUAAUAUUGAUAGCUUACGGCAACAGCCAAUGAUGCAGACGCAUAUGCAUACCGAUUUGGAAACUCAAUUGAAGGCAUCUCGCGACGUUGCAAUGGCAAUGGCUGCAAAAGCGAAGCUUCUCCUGAGAGAGCUGAAGACUGUCAAAGCAGACCUGGCUUUUGCAAAGGAGCGUUGUGCACAGCUAGAAGAAGAGAAUAAAUUCCUAAGGGAGAGCCGUGAAAAAGGAGACAACCCAGAAGAUGAUGAUUUGAUAAGGCUUCAACUCGAGACUCUUCUAGCUAAGAAAGCUCGAUUGGCACAAGAGAAUUCAGUUUAUGCACGGGAGAACCGUUUCCUAAGAGAAAUUGUUGAGUAUCACCAGCUCACCAUGCAGGAUGUAGUGUAUUUGGAUGAAGGUAGUGAAGAGGUAACUGAAGUCUACCCUGUUAAGGUUUCUACAGGUGCUAAUCAACAGCCCUUUGGCACAUUGCCUUUCCUUUCUCCUCCUCCUCCUACUCCUAUUGUUCCCAUUGGGGCAAUUUCUCAAGUAACUCCGGAUGUCUCUCCUCGCGUUGUGCCAUCCCUCGAGCCCAAAGAGGUUCCUGAAACUAUUAGCCCACCAAACCCCUAUAUCCAAAUGCCAGCAGAAGAUCUGAGAAGACAUAGUUGA